AUGUCGUGCACAGCCUCCUGGGUGACAGUCCAGCGAGGACAGACGGGGCUCCUGGAUAUGAAAGUUGGACUCCUGUGGCUCAUCCCUCUUUUCACCAUGGUUGAGGGCACCAAUGGCUUCCUGCAGGCAACUGAGAAGCAGAGGUUGGUGAGCUGGUAUCACAAGUCCCGACUUCUUGUCUCGGUAAUACCAGCAUUCACGAAGCCAGACACUUCUAACCUCCCCGCUGCCACCACCUCCAUCUCCAGCUUCAUUAUCUGGUCCCCGUAUCGCCUUGAAAAUGAUGGCAACAGAACAAAAGGAGAGUCCAGUAUGGGUGAAAGACAGCAUCAAGAUCAGGAAUAUGAGCUGUUGCUUCAGAUGACUUACAGAGAUCUGGAGGAGAAGGGAGAAUUGAAGAAGUUUCUGGAGCUCUUGAACUCUUCAUCACCAGCUUUACCUGAGGCCAGCAAGAUCAUCAGAGUGAAGGCCACGACAUACUGCAAAAGUCUAAGGGGAUCUCUGGAGUGUGCCUGUGAAGACAGCUACAUGUGGUUUCCUCCCUCCUGCCUCAAUCCCUGGAACUGCUACCUCCAUACAACUGAAAGCCGCACAAGCUGCAUGUGCCCUCUCAAAGGCCUCAGCCAGAGCAUUAGUUUCUGUGAGAGAGGAAAGAUUUUAGGCACUUUUGAAAUUAAAGAAGAGUUUCCCAAAGACCUUUGGAAUUCAUCGUCUGUUGUAUACGCCAACUACAAGGCGGCAAUUGAAAACCAACUUAAAGAAGCGUACAGAGGAAUCCAUGGCUUUGAGUCAGUUCAGGUCAUCCAAUUUCGAGAAGGAAGCAUCAUUGUUGGCUAUGAAGUGACUGGCUCCAGUAGCACAGCUGAGCUCCUGUCUGCCAUUAAACAGGAGGCUGCAAAGGCACAGGAGGCCCUGGGAAGUCAGUUUUCAAUCAAAGAAGGCUCUUUCAGAGUGUUCCAGAAAGCUCAGUGUAACAGCAUCUCCUUUGGAUUCGGGUCUGAGAACGAUGAAUACACUCUACCCUGCAGCUGUGGCUUCACUGGGCACAUCACGGUCAGGUGCCAGUCCUCUGAGUGGCAAAUCUCCAAAGAGUCCUGCGUGCUCUCCCAGCUAGAAGAGCUGAAGAAGAAGUUCAGUACGAUGGCAGGCAAGAUCACAGAGGCAGAUGUGUCAUCUCUGGUGCAGAAUCUUUCCACCAUCAUUCAGCAAAACCCGUCCACCACAGCUGGGAAUCUGGCUUCUGUGGUGUCGCUUCUGCACAACAUUUCACUUGUGUCUCAGGCAAACUCCUUAGCAGUGUCUAAUUUUACAUUGAAGGAAGUCAUCAACAUAGCUGAUCAUAUUCUGAAUUCAACUUCCAUAGCUAACUGGACAGUUUUAUUGCAAAGCGAAAUGGAUGCCAGCUCCCGGCUUCUAGAGACACUGGAAAACAUAAGUGCUCUUAUACCUUCCACGGCCCUGCCCCUUAAUUUUUCUCUAGAAUUCCUUGACUGGAAAGGGGUAUACCAAAGCAUGAAACAUUACGAGUACCAGGUGGAAAUGAUAGAACAAAAUGCUUCUCGGCCUAUCCGAGGCCGUGUGUGUAUUGAACUAGAUCAAUUCCAGAAGUCUUAUCCAAAGGCUGUCAUCAGCAUGGCCUCACUGACUUUUGGGAACAUUCUACCCACCACCCACCGAGGAAACGCAGAGGUCAAUGGGCCUGUGAUAUCCACACUUAUCCAGAACCAUUCCAUCACUGAAAUUUCCCUCACCUUUUCCAAGAUAAAGCAGAACCUGAGGCAGCCUCGCUGUGUGUUUUGGGAUUUCAGUCAGUUGAAAUGGAGCGAUGCAGGCUGCCAACUAGUUGACGAAACUCCAGACACUGUACUGUGCCGGUGUUCUCACCUGACCUCUUUCUCCAUGCUCAUGUCACCCUUUGUCCCCUCCUCAGUGGUACCUGUGGUAACCACAUGGAUCACGUACAUAGGGCUGGGCAUCUCCAUUGCAAGUCUAAUCUUAUGCCUGAUCAUCGAGGGUCUGUUUUGGAAGCAGACCAAGAAAAGCCAAACUUCACACGCACGCAACGUUUGCCUGGUGAACAUCGCCCUGUCGCUCUUAAUUGCUGACGUUUGGUUUAUCAUUGCUGCCACUGUGGACAGCUCUGCCAGCCCUUCUGGGGUCUGUGUAGCUGCAGUGUUCUUCACCCACUUUUUCUACCUUGCCUUAUUCUUCUGGAUGCUUGCGCUUGGCAUCCUGCUGGCUUAUCGAAUCGUCUUCGUGUUCCAUCACAUGGCCGUGACUACCAUGAUGGCUAUUGGCUUCUGUCUGGGCUACGGGUGCCCCCUCCUUAUAUCAAUCAUCACCAUUGCCGUCACCCAACCUAGCAAGAGCUACAGAAGAAACGAUGUGUGUUGGCUUAAUUGGUCUGAUGAAAGCAAACCUCUGUUGGCAUUUGUUGUUCCUGCCCUGACGAUUGUGGCUGUGAACUUGGUCGUGGUGCUGCUGGUCCUCCGGAAGCUUUGGAGGCCAGCGAUUGGCGAAAGACUGAAUCAGGAUGACAAGGCCACUGCCAUCCGCAUGGGAAAGAGCCUCCUGGUGCUGACCCCGCUGCUAGGGCUCACCUGGGGCUUCGGCAUAGGAACAAUGGUGGACAGCCAGACUCUGGCUUGGCAUGUUCUUUUCGCUUUACUCAAUGCUUUCCAGGGGUUUUUCAUCUUCUGUUUUGGAAUUCUCUUGGAUAAUAAGCUGCGGCAACUUCUGUCCAACAAGUUGACUCCACUAAGCUCAUGGAAGCAAACAUCAAAGCAAAACUCCUCAGAUACAGUUACCAAGCCUAAGUGCCUAAGGCCUUUCAACAUACUACAGCACAGAGGCAUGUAUGCACUUUCUCAUACUGGAGAUUCAUCCAGUGACAUCACAUUGACCCAGUUUUUAUCAACGGAAUGAAGCCAUGAGUCAUAAUCAAAGGCAAUUUUUGUUCUUUGAGCACCAUGCUAUUCAGAGCCACAUGACAGCGAAGACAUGCACAAAAUCAGAUGAGAUUUUGUGACUUAGGAGUCUGAGGACAAAACUGGUUACUUUGGGGCUGGAGAGAUGGCUCAGUGGU